AAAAGUGAAAUCGAUAAAUAAAUGAAUGUUCAAACUAAUGUUUCUGAUGAAACAAAACUUACAGAACACAAAAGAAGAUAAGUAGAAAACAAAAUAUAAGACAAAUAAGCUGAAAAAGAUAAAAUUAAUAAUUAAAUCAAAGAGUCUGGAAUAACAACUAAAACAAAGAGAAGAAUUUGAGGCUGGAGCAUUAAAAAAAGUAAAAAGAUUAACGGCUAUGAGAGAAUCAAUGGCUAGAAAAGCCUCAUAAGCAAUGAACGAGGUAAGAGAAACACGUUAACAAUUGAAAAUAAAAGAACUAGCUAUAAAAGAUUUAGAAAAGAAAUAUCAAGAGAUUAAAUUCGAAAGGAAUAACUGUAAAAUUUUAUAUGAAGCUGUAAAAAGUGAAAGAAAUAAAUACGUAAAUUACAUAUAAAGUACUUAACAAGAUUUAGCCGAAGUAAAAGAAUAAAAUAAAAUAUCUUAAAAUGAAUUGGAAAUAUUCAAAAACGAAUAUUAAGAAAAACACUAGAACCUCAUAUAAUAUUAACAUACCUUACAAAUUCAAAAACAUUAACGAGACGGAGCAUAAGCCGAAUUAAAUGCACAAGAAUACAUAAGAAAAGCAAAGAAGGAACUUGUAGAUAGAAAUAUCAACGAAAUUGAGAAAUUAAACAUGAUCAUAAGGUCUUUAGAAAACGAAUGCCUUUUAUUAAAAAAACACUAUGAGAAAUCUUAAGAAUGGAGAAAUUAUACAGGUGUUUAAUUAAUAGAUAGAAAUGAUGAGUUAUGUAUUAUGUAUGAAAAAUCAAAUAAUUAAGAAAAUACUUUACAAAACGGAGAAAUGGAAAUCAAAAAUUUGGAAGAUAAUAUUAGAAUGAUUAAAAUUUCUAUCAAAGAAAAUAAUAGGAAAAUUGACGUCUGUAGGAAAAAAAUAUAUGAAGUACCUAAAAUGGCAGAUGAAGUUGUCAAUUUUUAAAAAGAACUUUAAAAAUAACAAUAAAUAGAAGCAGACCUAUCCGAAAAACUUGAAAAUCCUUUAAAUAUUUUAAGGUAUAGGGAUUUGGGAGGUGAAGAUCCUGAUUAAGAAGCUUUAGAUACUAAAAUUGGAGUUUUGGAGGAAAGAUUAAAUAAUAAAAAGGAAUAAUUAUUAGAAAAAGAACUUAUUCUAGAUGAAAUUACGAAUUUUUCGGAAAAACUAAGAAAAUAAGCUUUAGAUGGACGUUAAAAUACACUAGAGUUAUCCGAAAAGCUAAAUAACUUUUAAUAGAAGCUUAAAGAUAUUACUAAAAAAAUGAUGGCAAGCAUUUCUGAAUUAUCUAUAUUCUAAGCCAAUUAAAUAAAAUUAUAAUAAGAACGGGAAGAACUAAUGAAAUAAUACGAAGAAUCACAAAAAAGAGUUUAAGAAGGACUUCCUCCUGCAAUAGAAACAGAAAUAGAAUAUUAAAAUAUGAAAAAAAAUGCACUUAGAUAUAAAGAAGAAAAAUAAUUAAGGCUCUAAAAGGAAAAUCUGGAAAAAAAUUUCCCUCCUUUUGCUACUAAAACUACAGCAGAGCAUAGAGUUAUUGCUUAUAUUCCAGACGAUACUGGAAUUCCAAAAAACUAUGGAAAAAAUGCACCAUUCCAUCCUUCAAUAUUGGGUACUAAUAUGAGACAUUUUAGAAAACCAAUAGUAAAAGAUAUAGAUAUUUGAAUUUUUUUA